GUCAAAAUUGCAGACAUGUCAGGUGACCAAUGGGUAACCUGUUUCCAGGAUUCUGCUGAAGUAAUUUUGCAGGCUACUGCUAAUGAUCUUGGAGCCCUUAAAGAAGCCCAGGACGAGCAAAGGCUUCGAGUAGUUGCAUCCGAAGUUAAGGUACUUGAUACCGAGGACUAUUGUACAGGUUAG